GUCCUUUUGUCGCAUCCUGAAGAAGAGAGACAGCCUGCUGAAGUGAUCCUAGCAAGCUCAUGGCCAGCUCGUCGACGCUCAGCAAGUCCGAUGGUCGUACACUGAUCCUCUUGUUCGAUGGCACGACGAACCAAUUCUCUGCAACGAACACUAACAUUAUCAAGCUGACUGCACUCCUAGACAAGACGCGCCAAGAUCAGACGAUCUACUAUCAGUCGGGCGUCGGUACCUACCCACCUCCAGGACUGUUCAGCCAGCUCGCAAAGUGGACAGCCCAACUCAUCGACCUGGCCACUGCCGCUUUCAUCGAUGUCCACAUUCUUGGCGGCUACACCUAUCUUUGCAACAACUGGAGACAAGGCGAUCGGAUCUGUAUCUUCGGCUUCUCGCGCGGAGCCUACACUGCGAGAUGUGUGGCCGGCAUGAUCGAAAAGGUCGGCCUACUCAUGCCCGAGAACGAGGAGAACUUUAGCAAGGCGUAUGCGAUGUAUGCUGACAAGACACUUAUUGGGCGAGAGCUUGCGCGUGGUUUCAAGGCAACUUUUGGUCGCAACGUUCGAGUGGACUUUGUGGGAUGCUUCGACACCGUCUCUAGCGUGGGCGUUCUGUUCACCAAGACGCUGCCCUUUACGUAUUCGUCCACUUCCAUAAACUAUUUCCGUCAAGUGCUCGCUCUCGACGAGCGGAGGACACGCUUUCAGCCUGCCAUCUUUGCUCGGCCAGAGUCGCAGUCAGAACGGAAUCCCCACGUGCCUGUACCUGCGUCGGCGUUCGACAAGACGCCGAUCGAUGUGAUCCAGGAGAGGGCGCGGCAGCAUCACGAUCAAUCCAAGAAAUGGUCGACAACCAAUGUCAAAGAAGUUUGGGUCUCGGGUUGUCAUACAGAUUGCGGAGGAGGAUCCUCGCUUGACACCGCCCCUUCUAGUCUGGCCAAUGUCGGACUAGGCUGGAUGGUACGCGAGAUGUUGCUACUUCAUAAAGAGCUCAAGAUCCGCUUUGAUGCGGAUGCACUCGUCGCUUCCGGCAUAGACGUCAAUCUGAGCGAGCAGAAUGCUGACGAUUGGUGGCGAGGGGUCGACGCUACCUCGCCCAUGCAUGACAACCUUGCCAGCUGGCUUUCACCUUGGUGGCUAUUGGAGAUCUUGCCUCUUGGUCGUACAUGGCAAACGUCGCCGGGUCACUGGAAGACUUCAUAUUGGCCAAAUUUGGGGCGUCAUCGUCACUUGCCUGCGCCUGACGCAAAGAUCUAUACCUCUGUCGAAUAUCGGAUGCAAAAGCGGAGUCGGACAUACCAUCCGGCCUUGCCGCAAGACUAUGUCUUUUGGCCCCCCGCCCGAGCUGUGGAAACCAAGGACAGUCUGGACAAUAACUGAUACUAUUCACGCCGUCUCACGAUCACAUACACGAACCAUUGUAUUCUAUGCACCUGCAUCUUCGACGAUAGAAGC